GGCAGGUGGCCGCGCGGAAGCUGGGGCGUGGCCGCGCGCAGCCGUGACCCGCACCGGCCCGGCAGGACUGGGGCCCGGAAAGUGAACGUCCCGCUCGAGUUUCUCCGCGGGCCUCAGCAGCAGCCGCCGCCGGACCCGCAGUCAUGAACAUGCUGUCGGAAGCAAAUGGCAACUUUGCCUUAAGCCUUUUGAAAAAGCUGGGUGAAGACAACUCCAAAAAUGUGUUUUUUUCUCCUUGGAGCAUCUCCUCUGCCCUGGCCAUGGUCUUAAUGGGGGCAAAGGAAAACACAUCGACCCAGAUAUCCCAGGCAUUAUUUUUCAGUGGGAGUGAGGGUGGAGCUGGAGAUGUGCACCAGGGCUUCCAGUCUCUUCUCACUGAAGUGAACAAGACCGGCACACAGUACUUGCUUCGGACAGCCAACAGGCUCUUCGGAGAAAAGACAUAUAAUUUCCUCUCAUCUUUCAAAGAUUCCUGCCACAAGUUCUACCAUGCAGAGAUGAAAGAGCUUGACUUUAUCACUGCUUCAGAGAAGUCUCAAGAGCACAUUAACUCCUGGGUAGCUGAAAAGACUGAAGGUAAAAUCAAAGAGCUGCUGUCUCCCAAUACAAUUAAUCCAUUGACUGCCAUGGUUCUUGUGAAUGCCAUCUACUUCAAAGGAAACUGGAAUAGCCAGUUUAAGAAACAUCUGACAAAGGAAAGACCCUUUAAAGUCAGCAAGGAUGAAACCAGACCUGUGCAAAUGAUGUUUCAGAAAUCUACCUUUAGAAUGACCUACAUAGGAGAAAUAUUCACCAGAAUCCUGGUGCUUCCCUAUGUGGGAGAAGAGCUGAAUAUGAUCAUCAUGCUUCCAGAUGAGCAGACCAUCUUGAAAACGGUGGAGAAAGAACUGACUUACGAGAAGUUCCAGGAAUGGACCAGACCAGACAUGAUGGACGAAGAAGAGGUGGAAGUGUUCCUCCCCAGAUUCAAGCUGGAGGAGAGUUACGACAUGGGGAAUAUCCUGCGAAGUCUGGGUAUGACCGAUGCCUUUGAGCAGGGCAAGGCAGACUUUUCUGGAAUGUCAUCCAGGAAUGACCUGUUUCUGUCCAAAGUGGUGCACAAGUCCUUCGUGGAGGUCAAUGAGGAAGGCACCGAGGCAGCAGCGGCCACUGCCGCCAUCAUGAUGAUGCGGUGUGCAAGAAUCACCCCCAGGUUCUGUGUUGAUCGCCCCUUCCUCUUCUUUAUCCAGCACACCAAAACCAAUAGCAUUCUGUUCUGUGGCCGAGUUUCCUCUCCAUGAGGAGAUACCUCCUGAUACCUCACAACGUGCCUGCUACCCAGAGUGACCUUUGAUGUCAUUUCAGAAAUAAAAGUUCUGGUUUGAAACCUUA